UUGGCUUCCACCCGGUGACCGAACCACAAUUUUUCUUAUUCUGCGCCGGCCAGCUUUGAAGCUUCCUUCAACCCUUUUUGCGCAACGGCGACAGAGACGACCAAACACGAACCUCAACAGCCGACACGAUGGUCAAGCGGAAGAGGUCGCGCGAGGACGACGUUGAGCAGAAGCUCGCCGACUACCGGAAAGAAAUCUUCCGUGCUCUGAAGGGCGCGAAAGGAUUGGAGCGUCAACGGUACAGCAAGCGGUUGCGCGAUGACAAAGCGACGCCCGACAAGGUCAAGAGACUGGAACGAGAGAUACUUGUGCUCAAGUCGCUCGACCUCCAACAGACCGCCGACGCCCACCUCCACUCCUCACUCCUCAAAGUCAAGCAAAUCGCCGAAAGUGCCGCCCUGCCGGAAGCGAUCAAGCAAGGUGUUCCGAAGCCAGACCUGUCUGAGGAUGAGAAGGCGGCGCUGCACAAUGUGACCAGCGGUCUGUUCAACCGCGUGCACGUCCGGGAGGCCAUCGAGAAGGCUGUCCGAGGCGUUUGCCUGAUCCUCAACGUCCCUAUACCGGAAAAGAAGAAGAAGGGCAAGAAGGGUGCCACCGAAGAUAAGAAAGAUGUGGAGGAAGAAGACCAGCACAGGGAGGCGAAGAAGGUGAAGGUGGCGGAUGUGAGGGAUGUGCCUGCCAUUGUCAGUACCAAGGUUGAAGAGGAAGGGAACCCAUUUGACGAUAUGGACGAUGAGAUCCCCCCUGAGAGUGACGCUUCAGACGCGGAGAGGAAGGAUAAUUUCGAAGAGGUCGAGCUUGACGAAGAGGACGAAGAAAAGGUUGUGGCCAAGUACGAGGCUAUGCUUGGCGGCUCGGAUUCGGAAGACGAGAGCGACGUCGAGGACAUGAAAGCCAAGUACCUGGCCCUCUUGGGCGAAGCCGCGGAUGGAGACACUGCAGAUGACGAGAGCAACAGUGACGGAGACGAGAACGAAGAAGACGAGGCGAGCAUAGAAGACGACUCGGACAGCGGCAUGGACUCGGACAGACAACGCCGCAUCAACGCCGCCAAUGUCUCCCUUUCGCCGUCUCCUGAACCAGAAUCACGGAAGGAAAAGAAAAAAGCCCGCGCCAAGAAGCCGACGGGUCGGCCCGGGGAGACGACCUUCCUGCCCUCGCUCAUGGGCGGGUACAUCUCCAACUCCGAAUCCGAGGCGUCGGACCUCGACCUCGCGCCGCCCAAGAAGCGCCUGGGCCAGAAGCAGCGCCAGGCCAUCUGGGAGAAGAAGUACGGCGCGCAGGCGAACCACGUCAAGAAGCAGACAGACUCACAGAGGACCGGAGCGCGGGACAGCGGGUGGGACAUGAAGAAGGGCGCCGUCAGCGGCGAGGAGGACGGGCCGAGGAAGCCUUGGAAGAAGGGCGUUUCGAACCCGCUGGGCGCCAGGCAGGGGAGUAGGAGAGAGGAGGGUCAGAGGACAGCGGCUCCCGAGAUGAAGCCUAGACCACCACCGAAGAAGGACGAUGAGGGCGUUCUGCAUCCCAGUUGGCAGGCGAGGAAGAAGGCUAAAGAGGCGCAGACCACGGCCGCAUUUCAGGGCACCAAGAUCACUUUCUAGUUCGACUUCACUAAGUCGGGAUACCAUUACGUUCAUAGGGGAUAUGAAAGUCAAUCGCUAUUAGGCAUCUAUCUAUCUGGCUACGCGGGCCAGGUAAUCUAUCCGGUGUAAGACCGUUCGGUAUCAUGGUCUGAUUCAUUCCAGAUCUCUUCUAAAUCAUUUCUCCAGAUAGUUGCAAAGCCCCAUGUCGACCCAGUGCUUGGGGUCAAAAGCUGCUAUCUAUGUCAGGUUGUAAUUUGCCACUGAAACUUUGAUGGCGACCGCUAUUCUGUGGAAAGUGUGAGCCGAAUUGUUGAUCUGUGCGACUGCCGUUGGCAUACAUGUCGAUCAUCGUGAGAGAAAAGGGGUAUAAGCGUAUCGCCAUAAAUCCUGGAAUCUCUCUAACGCCAUGAUGUAUGCCCCAAUUAUCUCAAAUUGAAAUGCUGCU